AGCGUAUAACUCGAUCAAACUCAUUCUUUAGCCACUUCUCACGGUAUGAACACCCUCGACCACUUUUCGUUUUCACGCUGAUUUUUUCCUUUUGGGGGCUAUUCGUCUUGGUUUCCUCACGAAGCCGGUGACGCAAGUUGCGCGGGCUCGCUCGCGUAUUCACACACGCGUGUGCACUCCCUUUACCUUACGCCACAAAUGUGUCUUUUUUUUUGAUAGGUAGAACGAGUUAUUAUUUCCCUCUUUUACGGUUCACUUUGCAUUCGUGUGUGUGUGUGUGUCUGUGUUUGAAACACGCGAACAAACAAUCGAAACCCCACAACGCAAUUGAACCCCCCUCUUUUUUAUUAUUGUUAUUAUAAUUUAUAUUCCAAUGAGUGAUUCAGAAACAGGGUCGUCACCCCGCGCCGAUGAGCCGCCAGCAGCCGUCGUGUCUGCAUCGUCGCGACCAUCCAGCAAAUCGUCUUCCACUUCAGCGCACAGCCGCCGUGCAGCUGGUCUGUCAGACAUACCCGGACCGGUGACCGUCUAUCAGCAACCGCUAUUUAAGAGUGCACAUCAAGCCUUUCACAACACGUCCUACUCCCCUCCUCUGCGCAUCAGCACACGUCGACUGCAGGUCUUUAGUUACGUGCUGGCCGAACUGAGCAGCGCCGCCACCCUGCUGCCCGACUACACACGAGCCAUUUUAAACCUUUCCCGCAAACUGCUCGGAGCGUGGCAGGCGAUUACGGCGGCCACCAUCGCCCGCACGCGCUACGAACAUGCGCUGAUUUGGGCAGCCUACCGCCGCCGGCAGCAGCAGAAGCAGCAGCAGCAGCAGCAGCAGCAGCAGCAGCCGUUCUCUGCUUCACACCGUACCUCCGUCACCGCGAUCGCCUCCGGAGCGAUUUCUCACGCGAGAUCCGCCGGCACUCGGGCGGGUCGCAGUGGAGGCGCAAAGCGGCGCAGCGCGUCCCCUCCCUUUGCAAACACCAUCACCACCACCACAACAGCGUCAGCUGCUGCGUCGCUCUUCCACGCUGCGGCCUCGUCGCACAAGCGUCGACGGCUGGGAGGGGAGGGGAGCAGUAGCAGCAGCAGCAGCGGCAGUGUCAGCAGCGAGGGUGGUGGGGCUGGAGGUGUGCACCGUGCACGCCCCACCUCCGCCUUUCCGCAGAGGCGAGCUCUCCAAGACGUGUGUGCGUGGACAAAGCAGCCACAGCGGGAACAGAAAGAGGAGGGGAAGAGAGGAGGGGUAGAGGCGGCCUCCGCGCGUGUUUCCUCAUCGCCUGCCACGCGUCCACAACGGACACGCACGAUGAAGAACGCGCGUGGGGGGCUCAAGUUGCCGCCGCCGCUUUCGCUGCCGCUCGGUGGUGGUGGUCGUGGCGGUGGUGCGGCGGAGCGCCGGGCCCGUCAGCUGCUGCUCCGUCACCGCGAACAGCUCUUUCAGCGCACCCUACAGCAGCUCUGGCUGGAUGCGCAGGAGAAGGAAGAUAGGGCGGGGCAGUACGUUGAGUUCCUCCGUGAACUCGUCAUGAGUGCGAUCCUCCAGCAAUAUCUGGGGGUAGCGGUCGAGCAGAGCUACUAUGACCUGGUGCUGUACCGAUGGCUCACGCCGGUGCUCGUGGAGGUGCGUGAUGGUGCGGUGGCGGCGGAGAAGGCGGACGAAGGGGGCACGCGGCGACGGGCAGGCCCCGAUGCUGCACCUACAAUCGAUCGUCACGGCCGACAAAGCCGCCGUCCACACUGCAGCCCGCUUUCUUUUGUAUCCCCCGCGUCUUCUCCUCCUCCUCGUGCGGGGGAGCUGGAGCACGGCUGUGGCGGUGCGGUACGACGCGCCCGCCGCCGUCAGGCCGCAGUGCAGGUGGUGCGUGAUAUGGAGUUACUGCGGCAGGUACUGCGGCGUGCUCAGAUAACGAUAAGCUCCGCAGGGGUGCGUAACGCAGCGCGUAUGCAGAGGAAGAAGGACAGGCAGGACUUGACGGGCGACAACGACACCUCCCGCCCCCGCCGCACGGCAUCCACAUCGUCUUUCACACCGUCCUCGUUGAACUCUGCGUCUGCGUCUUCGUUGGGGUCGCACUCGAAGAAGCGCCGCCGCUCCCCUUUUACUUCUCCUCCCACCCCACCGCUAUCGCCGCCGCCUCACUUCAACAAGGAGGAAAGCGUGGCCGAGCACACGACAGGGGACGCUGCAAGGCCGGCUGCCUCCCGAAUGUCUGGUGUUCACGAUAACACAACAAUUACAGCACCACUUCCAGCAUCACCAUCAUCAUGGGUGGAGGCUAGCAGCGCUGUUGGAGAGCGAAAAGCCAUCACAGUCUCACCGUCACGAACUUCUUACCAAGCAGAGGGCACUCCGCCUUUGGAGGCUGCACCGCGAAAUGAGGAAGGCAAAAGCGGAUCAGCGAGGAAGCCGACGCCCACGAAUUCUCCUACUCGUGCUGCACAACAAAGGCCGUUCCACACAGCAGCGCAGACGGACGACGACGGCGACGGCGACAGAAAUGAAUACGAGGACGAGGACGACAACGAGGAGAGCUCCUUCUACACCACCCUUCGUCACGCUGCCCAUUCACGCGAGCGCUCCCCACGGCUGCAUGGAGAGCGCCUCGUCGCCGCCCCCCUGCCGCUGCAGCUCUUCCUGCAGGCCUGCACUUCGUUUGACCCAACGCACUGCGCCUUCUCCCUCAUAUCCCGCUGCGUGCUUCUCGCUCACCACGUCCGCGAUGAGGAGGAGGAGCAGGCGAAGCCGGCCAACUCGGCCGCCGCCUCGAUGACGAAAUACACCGCGUUUGGGGAACCCGCUUCGCCGCGAAGGAAAGUGGUGAAGGACGAGGCCGAGGAGGGGGAAGGUCUGCGAGGCGGAGAAAAAGAUUCGAAUGAGGGACUUACCGGUCUGUUUUACGUUGUGAUUGCCCGCCGCGCCGUGGGCGCCUGCGCGCACACCGCACUGUGCUUUGGCAACCACAAAUUCAUCUUUGUGCGCUGCCAUGACACGGAGGCCCUCAUACGUGAAGUCCUGCUGAGCGACGAGGACGAGGAGGAAGAAGAGGAGGAAGAGAAGAAAGACGCGGGCGAAGGUGACGACGACGAACGCGCUGAAGGAGGAGGUCGGGGUACCAUUGCGCCGGCAACUCAGCUUGUCAACACGGCGUCUGCUGUGACGACCGAGGCAGGCGACGCGGUAAGGAUGACCAAGAGUCCGCACACGAGAAGGACGACGCAGACCCCUCAAAACGAGCGCCACACACGCACUUCACUAGCGGUUGACGUGCGCAAAGACGAAGGGAGCGAAAGCGACGAAAGCGAGGCGACAGGGCGCACUCCAUGCAGCCACCUGCCCCCUACGCCAACGUGCUCCGUGAAUCAAGGAACACAAGCGAGACUGCAGAGGAUGACAUCAGGAAAGGAGCGGUCCUUUCACGGUUCUCCCCUUCCACCACCACCGCCGCCGCUAUUGCAGUCCCCUACGCUGCGCUCGCAUAUCAGUAUUACCGCGCUGACCGAACAGGACGCACGACGGCUGCAGCGCAACGCCAGCACCGACAGCACGUCUUUUCAAAGUCAAGAGAGCGUCGACGUACCGCACCGCAGCGCUUCUCAGAGCGAUGAUCAGGCGCCGUGCACCAGCGGAGCUCCGCUGCUGCCAGCAGCAACAACGCCGCCAGCUGCAACGUGUGCCCUAACCAACACGUCGAACGUGCCACACGUCGCGCCGGUGUUGCCGCCUCUUCCACCUGCCGUGGCGGGCAGCAACGUCACCGUCUAUUCCUCCGCUGCUGAUGCAGAAGCCGCGCAUCGCUGGGGCCGUCACAUGCGUCAGGUCGCCCAGGCAGGACCUCUCGCCACGGCCCCACCCUUCGUCUCCGCGGAUGCGAUGGACUUGCAGGUGAAUCCCGGAUUUGCGGAGACGGCAUUGCUGCUGCCACCGCCGCCGCAACCGCCUUCUCGAACCUUUCACCCCUCCAGCACCACGAUCACCACCGCCAUGAACGCUAGCACAACAGCAUCGUCCACUCUAGAGACGCUUGCACCGGUGCCGUCGUCGUCCGCACGGGAGAGGCUUACCCCGAGCACGCUAUAUGACCCACACUCUUCUCGUCUAACCGCGGCGGAUGGACAGUCAACACGACCAUCACUGCCACCUCCACAAACGCUGUCCGUACCGUCCACUGAAUCGGCGUCAGAGGCGCCACUCAGCACAUCGGUGCAUAGCCCUCUGCACUUGACACCCCUCGCCUUUCAUACGCGCCUCUACACCGGCUCUGGUGAUCGACUGCGCGUGCCGCCGCCACCGCCGCUGGAGGUGUCACGGCAGACGCGGCGCUUCGAAGCAGUGCCACCCCCGAUCAUCGCUGCUGCUGCUGCUGCCCCUCGUGUGUCCGGCGAGCACAACACGAACGAGGAGGUGGCGCCCGUGCGCAAGUCACCGGCUACGACACCGGCGCCGUUUCCAGUACGUCGGCUGUCAUCAUCAGGUUCAGCGAGUGGGACGGAUCCGCACGAGCAGUGGGGCAGCACGGUGACAGACGAAGAAAAGGAAUCGGCGGACAGAGGCGCAGCGGAGCGCGGGCGCAGCGUGGAGGAGAAAAUGGCCGACCGCGGGAGCGGCCACAGCGAUGAGAAUGACGACGAGGUGGAUUACGGCGAUGCGCAACCACAGUUCGUUGUCAUGCACUCAGUGCUGUGCAGCUGCAUCCGAGGGGCAAACGAAGCGGAUUACAAUGCCCGUAAUAAUAGCCGCUAUCAUAACGGGACGCCGGAGAAGGAAAGCGAGGCGAUGGACACCGCUCGUUUUCCACCGGCGAUGCCGUGCGCAACGCCGAGAGCGAGCGCUUUUCCGGCGUCUCUGCAAGCCGCGGAAGCCUUCAGUGGCGCGAAGGGCGGCGGCUUCCAAUUAAGUACCGACCCAUCAAUGGGCGACGACUUUCCCCUGUCCUACUUUGAGCAGCAGGUGUUGCUGCCACCGGGCAGCGGACAGGAGUGGCGGUUCAGCGACCACGGCAAGCAACCUCCGCGGCUGCAGCUCAACUCGGGGCUCUCUGCUCUUCAAAGCUCGUCGGCGCAAGCGGCGGCAGCAGCAGCGGCAGCAGCAGCGGCAGCGGCGGGGUCGCACCUGUUUUACAUGGCGGAACCGCUGCUCGCAACCACGCCGGACAAACAAAGGGAGACAACAGCUGCUCUGGCGGAGAAGGACGAGGUGGACGAAGAAGACGUGGAGGUUGACGCACGCGCCGCCACGAACGCGAAAACGGACGCGCCGGCAGGACGGUCGGACGAUGAAGAAGACGCACUGCAGAGGGAGGAACGGGAUGACGUGCAGGUUUCUACUCCUGCGCCACGCCGCACUGCCCGUGUGGAUCAGCGACCACAACCGCCGCAGCACGCCUCUCUGAAUGUAAAGGCCGAAAGCGGCCCUACCACGUCCCACGAGCCCUCGCAAAACUACCCGACCUUUUCUCCUCUUCGCUCUUUCCCACCACCGCCACCAGCACUAGCGGCGGAGCCGACAGACGGCGACAUGGCGUUUGCCGCAGAGCUGUAUAGUCGCCUUGAGUUUUGGUGCCUGCGGGGGCAGGACCGACGUGCUUACCUAGACCCCUCAUGGCUGCGCACGGAUGCGACGCACCGCGAGGCGCACACAUCUGAGCUGAGUGAAAAGACGACUGCUUCAGGUCGUGGUGAAGGCGAACCUGCAAGCGGCCCAUCGAAGCAACCGGCUCGAGAGCAUGCGGCGCGUGAGGGUGUGGACGGUGCGCACCCCUUCUGCUUUUCUUGUCUGGGUGUCGAUCACCGUGCAACUUCGCCUGCUAUAGAAGACGCAAACGCGACAGGCGGCGACGCGGCGUGGGCGUCGGCUUCUGGUAUGGUGCGCCUUCCACUGAAGCUACUCGACUGCGCCGCUGGCACUAUCGAGCUGGCGGACGAGGCGUGGCUCGCGAUGCGGCUGCGCAGCAAACGAGCGGCACGGGCACGUCGCGCAAGGCGACAGAAGGAGGAUGCCACCGCGGACGACAGCAGCGGUGCCACCGAUGCACGACGCGCUGAGGACGAAGAGGAUGGAGGUAGCCGCGGGCAUGCGACGGAUCCUGAGAGCGAACUCUCUGAAGAUUUCGAUGGCGAGGUGAACGAGGAGUCCGAGGAAGGGGAGGAACAUACCAGCUUUCCGUACUUUACGCCGCUAAUGACGGUAAACGCGCGGGGCAAGGAACUCCUCUUCGAGGCCUUGCACGAAGCCACCGAAGUGGUGGUGUGCGCCGUCCGCGAGAGUCGGGCCCACGUCGGCUAUCACGACCUACUGCAUCAGCGGUGUCCACCACCGCCUUCUCCGUCAUCGCCAGCCACCGCGGAGCAGGGAGGCGGAGGCGCGGUUCGAAGUGCGUCACCUGCGGCGCAGGCGGGCGCGCUGACAAGGGUGAAUACGUGGGCCAUCACGGCAGCAGCGGCUGCGACGCAAGGAUGCACCUUCCCUGUGGCCACCGGCACCCUCUCGCACGACGAGCGCUGUCCGUUUACGUUUGAUCGGCACCAGCACCUCGGCACCUUCGGUACGGUGCGGUGGUCGCAGGGGAAUGCGGCGGUGACGGAUAGCGGAGCGGAUGAUGCGGCCGACUCGGUGACCGUGGCGGGCCGGAGUGAGCGCUCCCUCCACCUGUCUCCCCAUCCAGCUCCUUCUUUUUUCUCCAUGGACGGCGGAGGGAGGCCCGCUGCGGCGUCACCGAGCGAAACCGAUCCAACGCAGCCGCACACGCACGCAACGCACAAGACAGCAUCGAGCCACGAUGCCCGUCGAGGCAGCGGUGGUGGUGCUGGAAGUACUGCGGCUGCCGCUGCCACUUCGUCUGCCUCGCCGUCACACGCGUGGCGGUGGCCAGCGUUGCCCGCCAACGAUGAAAAGCAGUGGCGGUGCGAGCUGCUGAAGAGCGAGUUCCGCCUGGCACGUUCGCGCUGUUUGGAUGCGCUGCUCGUGGACCACGUGCACGGCCGUCCCAUCGCCGCCAUCACACUCGAGCCACGGACGUGGACGCAGAUGCGCGACGACGCUUCUAGUGCUUUCCCUCCCCGUUGUCAGGAGGGCGAAUCGCACAACACCAACAGACGCAACGACGCUGCUGCCGUGCACAACGUAGGUAGCCGUGAUGAGUACAAGGCGGAGACGGAUGCCGGCGAGGACACGUCACCGCUUCCGUUUCGCUUACCGACAUCGACGCAAGAAGUGGUGCAGCGCACUGUUUACCUGGUGACAAGCUUCACCCACUACGUGGCACCGUUGUGGCGACACUUGAAGGAGGAGAAAGCUGUGCUGGUCGACAUGGACCGCACCCUCGUCGACAACGUGAUUACGGUGCGAAGCUCGGCGGAGCGGCAGCGUCACCUGUUGCACCUAACGCAUGCGGUGGCGGCGGCGGAGAGCAAGCCGGGUGCGAGGAACCCGUGUGUGCUGUGGCACUCGCCGCGGCGCCGGCCGUCGGCGGCUCGGUUUGCCGCCCCGCCUUUUCGACUUAGCCACAACGACGCCUUGCCACUGUCGUGCGAGGAGGCGCUGUGGAAUGGGAGUGGUUGUGCUUCUGCGGCCGAGGAACAUCGCGCCUCGAGUCCACUUUCCUCCUAUUCUUUUUCUACACGAAAGGACCAACACGGCAAGCAAGGCGGUGACGAUAGAAAGGUAGAGAGGAAAGGCGAGGGCCUACUGCAUGCCUUCCUGCGCCGCACCGAAACCCAGCGCGAGUCCCUCGGGACGUUGCACUACGAAGAAUGUGGUGCGGUCACCUACGCAGCAGGGACCCUGUACACCUCCCAUAACGCGGGGGAGGAGCCGAGGGGCACGGAGGGCAACACGCCUAACGGCACGAAUCGCGGUGUCUCGUUCAGCGCCUCCUCCAGGGCAGGCUCGGCAGAGCGAAGUCCUAGCGUCUACGCGGACCUUGUGUACGUCCGCCCGGGCGUCCGCCAGUUUCUGUACCGCACCGCCGUGCAGUGGAAUAUACCGGUGGUGCUGGUGACUAAGUCCACGCGGUGUCGCACUGAGGCGAUCCUGCGCAGCGUGCUGGACCCACACCGAAUCCUCUUUCCAGACCCACAGGUGAGCAUCGUCACGGCGGAUGAGAUGCUGAGCGCACUGCCAUCAUUGGAGGGGAGUGACGACGCCUGUGCGGCGUUUCGAAGUGAAGACGACAGUCAUGCUGCGGAUCGUCCGGAACGGACCGCGCAAGAUGGACGGCCGACAGGCACGCAUCAACGCUCUCUCGGUGACCACUCCCGUAGUGCCGCACCAGCAGCUACCACUACCACUACUAGCGUUGCCGAGCGCAUCGCCAGCUGCCACAAGUCCACCAUGCACGUUCUCCAAUGCGUCCUUGACGCGGCAGCCCUCAACUCUGCGCAACGGGCAUGGAGGGCACCGCCGUGGUGUGACCUGCCAAACCGACUGCCGAAGCCGCGCAGCGUAGCGGUGCUGGACGACGCGCCGCAGGUGUGGGAGACGCGCGACUGGCCCUGCACCGUCAACAUCGCACCCUACACGUUGGCCCGCGUCGACCCGCGUUCGUACUUCAGCCCACACGGCUACCUGAGUGCGUUGGUGCUAUCGUGCCUCUACGGCUCGAAGUGUUUGGUGUGCAGCGCGGGGGAGCUGCACGUGGGCGGAGCAACGGGCUCCCGACCCGCAUCGCCGGCGAGAGGAGGCGCUGCCCGCCCACCGCUGUCGAGGCUCGAGCGGUGGCCGCACUGCGUCUGUGUGUGUCCUCCCGACCACCAAGACGAAAUUGCCCGCGCGGAGGCGGUGGCGCCGGCGGAUCCCUUCUCCUUUUACGCGAAGGAUGCGGCGGCGAGCGUGACGGCGAUGCUCGCCGAGCUCGUAUCGCGGUCGUCGCAAGGUGGCGCGGCGGGUCCUCGACCGCGCCCAUUGCUGCUGCCGGACGUCGGCGCACGCGCGCCGCUGGUGGAGGGGGGGCCGAGUCCGCGGUCUGGCAAGUCGGCCGCCGCGCGUCGGCAUGGAAGCGACGUGCUCUACGGCAGUCACAGCGUGAUUGAUCUCUUGUCGGACUCGUUUCACAGGCUGAAGGGGCCGUUUCCAACGGAGCACACAAAUGCUUUCGGUGGACUGUACGGCAGCAGCGCAUCUAUUAUUGAGGACGUGAAGCCACUGCCGCCACCAAACCAAGGACGGGCUUUAGCAUCUUCUGCAUCAUCGACGAGCACGGUGGAGAGGCUCGAGCGCGCGUCGCGGCCGGAAGCAGUGAACGGGAUGGGGCAGCCUUCGACAACUGCGCGAUUGCACCCGCCCUGGGCCACCGCCACAGCAGAAAACGCAUCCAAUGCACAAGAGCAGAGCACACGAAACGAAAGGGGUGCGGUGGGCGCUCAGGAAGAGACGCACCUGCUUUCUCCUUCCACCACCGACUCCUCCAGCUCUUCGACGAGCUCAGCAUCGUCUUCUUCUUCACCAUCAUCGUCGUUACAUGACGCUGCGCCUUCGCUCACAGAGGACGCGUCCAGAGAGUUGAGCGACUCCCCCUACUCUCUUCCGAACGAGGUCUUUGCUGCCUCCAUGCCGGCCACACCGACAUCGUUUGGCGCGCUGCCCGAGGCGUGGUCGAGUGCGGGACCGACAGCGCACCCCCUCUCCACCGCUGCUGCCGCUGUUGCUACUCGUGGAGUGGCAGACAUCGCCAUGAACGCGGCGGCAGAAGAGAUGGACAGUGCCAUGGGGAUUCCCGCUGGCGGCACGCACUUCGCACCCGACGCGAACUCCAUCACGGGAAUCGGAGAGGGAGGGGGAGAUGUGGAAGGCUGGACAGGAGCCAAGGACUACGAAGAUGUGGAGCCGGUGCACAUCGUGGAGACCCGAGGCGGCGGGUCAGAGGUGCAGAACCUGACGGCCGCUCCGUACGCACCAUCUACGGCGACGUGUGGCCGCAGCGACGGCAGUGAGAUGCACUCGAGCUCGAGUAACUCAGAUGUGGAGGACGUUACCCCACUCGGGGUGCAAUCGGCGCUUUCUCCGUCUCAGAACAACGACCGUGACAGCAAAGUGGGCGCCUCUGACUUCGCUGUCAGCAGCGGACAAGAAGCAGCCGCGACGGCGUCUCGGCGGCGGAAUGCGGAGGAGGUCUUCGCUGCUCCUUCUGCUGAGUCGACGUCAGCCUCUUCUCUUCGCAGAGGAGUGCCAGCAGUAUCGUCCAACACGUCUGACCCAUCGCGAAUGCGGAGCAGCGUCGUAGCGGACGUAGAGACAAGCGCACCGCCGCUGUCGCCCCUCACACCCCAGCCGAAUUCGGUGGGAGGCGCGUGCGUGGGCGAGUUGCGGCGUCCGCAGCGACGUCGCCUUGACGAUCCACGGGACACGGUGGAGGAUGUGGUGCCUCUGUGA